UUGUGGUGUAACCACAGAAACAGUAACUUAAGCAAUGAAAUGAAAGCUCACGCGCGCGUCGGUCGCUAAGCUGGGGUUGGUGCAGCUACUACGCUCAGGUUGCCAGGCACAUCUCGGGAGAAUACCAGCCGGUCCCUUCAAGAUCAUGGCGGGUGCACGCCCUUCACGCUGGGCCUAGGGCAGCCCAUGGGCAAGGCCCAGAGAUGCUGCUUUCGCCAUCCCCUUCUGCGGGUACUGCGCGCAGAGGACAAAGCCCGCUGCUGUUGUCUCUGUUCCUAAGCGCCGUCAUAGCAGCGCUCAAUCCCUAGAACUAGAGGGGGCGCUCCGCCAGGUUGUGGGGCUCGCUGGCCCAUGUCCCCUGCCGUUCCCGCGUUCCCGGGGUCUCUCCAGCAGCCCGGCACGCAGCCUAGGCCCCUCGGAGAGGAUGCGCGGGAGCAGCGAUCAGUUCUCCCGGGACUGGAGAGCCUACUCAGCAGGCUCCUGGGCAUGCGGGGCCGGGACCCGUUCGUUCUUCUUCGGGCUAUAAGAAGGCAGAGGAUGAGAUGUCCCGGGCCACGUCUGUUGGAGACCAGCUGGAGGCAUCCGCCCGCACCAUUUACCUCAACCAACCGCAUCUCAACAAAUUUCGUGACAACCACAUCAGUACGGCCAAGUAUAGCGUGUUGACAUUUCUACCUCGAUUCUUAUAUGAGCAGAUUAGAAGAGCUGCUAAUGCCUUCUUCCUCUUCAUUGCCUUAUUACAGCAAAUCCCAGACGUAUCUCCAACAGGAAGGUACACUACACUGGUGCCAUUGAUCAUUAUUUUAACAAUUGCAGGCAUCAAAGAGAUCGUAGAAGAUUUUAAGCGGCAUAAGGCAGAUAAUGCAGUUAACAGAAAGAAAACAAUAGUGUUAAGAAAUGGUAUGUGGCAUACCAUCAUGUGGAAAGAGGUGGCAGUGGGAGACAUUGUGAAGGUCGUCAAUGGGCAGUAUCUUCCAGCAGACAUGGUCCUGCUCUCCUCCAGUGAACCUCAGGCAAUGUGCUAUGUUGAAACAGCUAAUCUAGAUGGAGAGACGAACCUUAAAAUACGUCAGGGUUUGAGUCACACAGCGGAAAUGCAAACACGAGAAGUAUUGAUGAAAUUAACUGGAACUAUAGAAUGUGAAGGGCCCAAUCGCCACCUCUAUGACUUCACCGGAAACUUGCACUUGGAUGGAAAAAGCCCCGUUUCUCUUGGGCCUGACCAGAUCUUAUUGAGAGGUACACAGCUUAGAAAUACUCAGUGGGUCUUUGGCAUAGUUGUUUAUACUGGACACGACACCAAACUCAUGCAGAAUUCAACCAAAGCACCUCUCAAGAGAUCGAAUGUGGAGAAGGUGACCAACGUGCAGAUCCUGGUGUUGUUUGGCAUCCUCUUGGUCAUGGCCUUGGUGAGCUCGGUGGGAGCCUUGUACUGGAACAGGUCUCAAGGUGGAAAGAACUGGUACAUCAAGAAGCUGAACACAACCUCAGAUAAUUUUGGAUACAACCUGUUGACAUUCAUCAUCUUAUACAACAAUCUUAUUCCCAUCAGUCUGUUGGUGACUCUUGAGGUUGUGAAGUAUACUCAAGCCCUUUUCAUAAACUGGGACACAGAUAUGUAUUAUCUGGGAAAUGAUACUCCUGCCAUGGCCAGGACAUCAAACCUUAAUGAAGAGCUUGGACAGGUAAAAUAUCUCUUUUCUGACAAAACUGGAACUCUUACAUGCAAUAUCAUGAACUUCAAGAAGUGCAGCAUUGCUGGAGUAACCUAUGGUCAUUUCCCAGAACUGACAAGAGAGCCAUCCUCAGAUGACUUCUGUCGCAUCCCUCCUCCCCCCAGUGACUCAUGUGACUUUGAUGAUCCCAGGCUGUUAAAGAACAUUGAGGAUCACCAUCCCACAGCUCCUUGCAUACAGGAGUUCCUCACCCUUCUGGCCGUGUGCCACACGGUGGUUCCCGAGAAGGACGGAGACAACAUCAUCUACCAGGCCUCCUCACCAGAUGAAGCUGCUUUGGUGAAAGGCGCUAAGAAGCUGGGCUUUGUCUUCACAGCCAGAACACCAUACUCAGUCAUCAUAGAAGCGAUGGGACAAGAGCAGACAUUUGGAAUUCUUAAUGUCCUGGAAUUUUCUAGUGACAGAAAAAGAAUGUCUGUAAUUGUUCGAACUCCUUCAGGACAACUUCGUCUCUACUGUAAAGGCGCUGAUAAUGUAAUUUUUGAGAGACUUUCAAAAGACUCAAAAUACAUGGAGGAAACAUUAUGCCACCUGGAAUAUUUUGCCACAGAAGGUCUGCGGACUCUGUGUGUGGCUUACGCUGAUCUCUCAGAGAAUGAAUAUGAGGAGUGGCUGAAAGUCUAUCAGGAAGCCAGCACCAUACUGAAAGACAGAGCUCAGCGGCUGGAAGAGUGUUAUGAGAUCAUUGAAAAGAAUUUGCUGUUACUUGGAGCCACAGCCAUAGAAGAUCGCCUCCAGGCAGGGGUUCCAGAAACCAUAGCAACUCUGUUGAAGGCGGAAAUUAAAAUAUGGGUGUUGACAGGAGAUAAACAAGAAACUGCAAUUAAUAUAGGGUAUUCCUGCCGGUUGGUGUCACAGAAUAUGGCCCUUAUCCUACUGAAGGAGGAUUCUUUGGAUGCUACAAGGGCAGCCAUUACUCAGCACUGCACUGACCUUGGAAAUCUGUUGGGCAAGGAAAACGACGUGGCCCUCAUCAUUGACGGCCACACCCUGAAGUAUGCGCUGUCCUUCGAAGUCCGGAGGAGCUUCCUCGACUUGGCGCUCUCCUGUAAGGCAGUCAUCUGCUGCAGAGUGUCUCCUCUGCAGAAGUCUGAGAUAGUGGACGUGGUGAAAAAGCGGGUGAAGGCCAUCACCCUCGCCAUUGGGGAUGGCGCCAACGACGUGGGAAUGAUCCAGACAGCCCAUGUGGGUGUGGGAAUCAGUGGGAACGAGGGCAUGCAGGCCACCAACAACUCGGAUUAUGCCAUCGCACAGUUUUCCUACUUGGAGAAGCUUCUGUUGGUUCAUGGAGCCUGGAGCUACAACCGGGUGACCAAGUGCAUACUGUACUGCUUCUACAAGAACGUGGUCCUAUAUAUCAUUGAGCUCUGGUUCGCCUUUGUUAAUGGAUUUUCUGGGCAGAUUUUAUUUGAACGCUGGUGCAUCGGCUUGUACAAUGUGAUUUUCACGGCUUUGCCGCCCUUCACUUUGGGAAUCUUUGAGAGGUCUUGCACUCAGGAGAGCAUGCUCAGGUUUCCACAGCUCUACAAAAUCACCCAGAAUGCCGAAGGCUUCAACACCAAGGUUUUCUGGGGUCACUGCAUCAACGCCUUGGUCCACUCCCUCAUCCUCUUCUGGUUUCCCAUGAAAGCAUUGGAGCACGAUACUGCGUUGGCCAGUGGUCAUGCUACGGACUAUUUAUUUGUUGGAAAUAUUGUUUACACAUAUGUUGUUGUUACUGUUUGCCUGAAAGCUGGUUUGGAAACUACAGCUUGGACUAAAUUCAGUCACCUAGCUGUCUGGGGAAGCAUGCUGAUCUGGCUGGUGUUUUUUGGCGUCUACUCAACCAUCUGGCCCACCAUUCCCAUUGCUCCUGAUAUGAAAGGACAGGCAACUAUGGUCCUGAGCUCCGCACACUUCUGGUUAGGCUUAUUUCUCGUUCCUACUGCCUGUUUGAUUGAAGACGUGGCGUGGAGAGCGGCCAAGCACACCUGCAAAAAGACAUUGCUGGAGGAGGUGCAGGAGCUGGAAACCAAGUCCAGAGUCAUGGGGAAGGAGAUGCUUCGGGACAGUAAUGGAAAGAGGCUGAACGAGCGGGACCGCCUGAUAAAGAGGCUUGGUCGGAAGACACCUCCCACCCUCUUCCGAGGCAGCUCUAUUCAGCAGUCCGUCCCUCAUGGGUAUGCUUUUUCUCAAGAAGAACACGGAGCUGUUACUCAGGAAGAAAUAGUCCGUUCUUAUGAUACCACCAAAAAGAAAUCAAGGAAGAAAUAAGACUUGUGUUUUCCUGGCUCGUCCUACGAAAGAGGUUCAGUUUGUUGCACCCAGUGUUAACACAUCUUCAUCAGAAGAGACCGGUGUCAGCAGCCAAACACUGGAAAACACAUUUCUGUGGCCUUAGCCAAGCAGUUUGUUAGUUACAUAUCCCCUCGCAAAUCCAGAGCACGGACCACAGAGGAAGCCAUCUUUUCCCUCCCAGUUAGUCUGCAGUACAUAGCCUAACUUUUGUUUACCUUGUUAUGAAGCAUUCAACUGUGCUCUGUGAGGUGUGAAAUUAAAAACAUUAUGUCCCAUGAAUAUUUAAACAUCAGUGCUAGUUGUUCUGGGAGAAAGAGAAAGGAGUUUUAUGUUGCGUGCAAGUCCCUAUCUCAUGUAAUUGGGGCAGGCCACACUUACUUCCUGUUUGGUUAACUCACAGAUUGGGUCCAGUGGGCAGCAUGCAAACUUCACUUCAGGCAGGUUGCUCUCUUGCUUUGAUUCCUGUUUUGUUUGUAUGAAAUUGGCAUAAACUUCUUGACUGCAGUGAAAUCGCAAAACUCUGCAUCUGCGUGGUCAACACUUACUUGAACCUCUUAGCCACAUUUCCAGCAGGACAAACCAAUUGAUGUUCUAACAGAGUCCUCUGCACCCAAUUUCCAGGUGCCACUGGCCUGGUCCUGCCUUUGCUGUCCUGUUUCCCUCAUUCCCAGACUUCUGCAUGGCUGGCCACUGUGCCCAGUGCAUGGCAGCUGGUGGGCAACCAGCCCAAAUCUACACUUUCCCUCCUUUCACUGUGGAUUCAAAUAUAGAUGUGAGAAACCCCUUUUCCACCGUUUUUUUUUUUUCAUUCUAUAACUAAAGGAAAGAAAUGUAGCCAUUCAACAUAUACCAUAUUCUAAAUGUCUAUCUGCCUUUUACUGACAAGGGGCAGCCCGUGGGCCAGGGUGGUGGUAGAGUGCCUUCAGCACUUCUGGACAUGGUAAGGCUCUGAAUACUCAUUUCCCAACUUCCCAACCACUGGGCCCUUGGCAUCCACUUAAAUCAGAACCCGUGCUUGUUUUCUUAGGAUUCAGAGCACAUUUUAGAUUUUCACUGUUGGGAAAUGAAUGGAUUUAUAACAUACUGACACAGUGAAGUGACACAUAUGUCACUCUGUAGCUGUCAAGUUGGAAGAUGGGUAAAGCCAGUCGGGAGGGUAUAAGAUGUUGAGGGAGGUGGAGGUGAUGACCACAGAAGUCCUCAGAUGGAGAAGGAAGGGCACUGGGUCAUUGGGAGGAAGAUACAGGAAUUGUCUGCCAGGUCUCCAGAGAAACUCUGAACAAGCCCUAAGGCCCAUACAGUUGUCAUAAUCAGCCCAAUGUGUAUAGGAGCUUCAACAAGACCUGGAUGGGAUGUGCAGUUGUAAUUGAAAUGAAUUGCAAACAUUUCGUGGAAACACAUUUUUGUUAGUAUUGAUGCCAUUUCCUCUCUUUGUCUGAUCAGUGUUAGACUUGGGUACCUUGCUGAAUACAGUGUCCUGGAUUCUAAGACAAGGAAGUGCUGCCCACUGAUUUUCCAGCUGCAGAGUCCUACAUCUGGACAGAACCCUCAGGCAUGACAGUGAGCUCCGGAGCCCCUAAUACACAACCAGCCUGGCUCCCACUCUGCUCUGGUUGCCAAACUAGUUUUUUGGGUGGCUUAAAUACUUUUUGGGCAGCUGUCACCGCUUAAAAUGCCACAGUCCUAGGAUGGUAGUGCUAAGAGAAGAAGACAGCAGUGCCCUUUGCUUCCUGUUUCCUUUCAGAAUCUCCACAGCUCACCGGGCAUUGAUAUAAUGUAGAAUACAAUUUUCACUGACUAGGAAAACUAAUCCUCACUUCGGAGGUGACCAGGAUGCUGAGAGGGCCUGAGGAGAAACAGAACAGUGCCAUUAACAUUCAAGUCUCAAAAAAUGGGUAUGUCUUUCUCCCCAAGGUGAAGAAAACAUUCUAAAAUACCAGAGAAAAAUAAAUAAAAUGCUAGAGCCCUCAGCAAGAUUCCGUCCUUUCUGAAGAACUGUAAUACAGGAAUUAGAACACAAAAUGUGCCUGUGAUUAACACAAUAAACCAAGGUAUAUGUCUUUAUUGCACACCCAGAAAUAUGAUGGCCAAAAUGCAGAGGAGAAAUUAAAAUUGGAAUUGAAUGUGCAUUAGGCAUCUUAACUAUUUUGUUUUAUUUGGGAACUAGACCUGUUUGGAAAGAGUGAAUUAAAACUCAAUUCUUCUUCAAACACUUAGCUCUGUCUUGAAAUUGAAACCUUCCAAAUCAGAUUUGUAAAUUAAAAUGUGGGUUUAGGUUUGUUUGCAGUUUGGGGGAUUCUUUGUUUAUUACAUUAGAGUUCACAUUUUCUAUUUGAGCAUACAGGUAGAUUUUACUGUUAUUUUGAGAAGUAGACGGAAUAGUUUUUGCUAUAGUAUUCACACAGAAGAAAACAUUACAAGGGAUAUCUGUUUAUCCUGUCAUGUGGUUAAGCUUUCAUAUAGCCAGAUGACUAAAUUGGGUUUCUAGGAGGAGCAGCUGUCACUAUGUGUGAUGGAUAAUACUUGGCCAUGCUUGACUCAGGGGCUGUUUCAUUUGUUCUAUCUUUAAACUGAGGUCAGAAUGUCACAUACAACCCCUCCCCAGGGAUCAGGGGGUGGGGUAUAUUGGACUAGGAUGCAGACCCUGGCUGUCAGCUCAGCAGGAGAAAUGCCACAUGGGACUUGUCACUCUGCCACACAAUGAGUGACUCACAGGCUGGCAGGUCAGACUCCACACUCCAAGGCCCAAUUCUGGAUUGAGCUAAAUAGGCAGGAUCCAGCCAGACCAACCCUUGGUGCUUCCCAUGGACAGCCCACUCCUCUCCAAGUCUCUGUUCUGUUCUGGCUGACACUGCAAAAGGAAAAGACCAGCCAUGCUCUGAACUUAGCUCUGGGUUUCUGCUGUGCACACUGAUAUGUGUCGUGAGGGAGGGGAGAGCAUAAUAACACCCGCCUUUCUGUUUGGCAAUCUGGAUUAACACUUCAUUGCUGAUUGGAAGGGGCUUCAUAAAAAUGUAGACAGUGGAGCUAGUGUGGCUGUCUUCUGUACAGAAUAGUUUGGGUUUCCUGACCAAGGUUAUGUUUACAACCAUUUCUCUGUAAACAUGUGCACACGUGAAAACAAAAGAAGGAUGAGCUUUUGGAUCAGAACACCAUAUAAAACCUGUGUACCAGAGAAAGGAGAGACCAUUUCUUUAACACUUGCAGAAGCAUAUCUUAAGAAGCAAACUUGGGUUUCAGGAGAGCUUGGCUGAGAACUGUUUACAUUUUCUUUUCCCUGACAGGGCUUCAGGUCUUACUAAAAGGGGAGCUGGUAGUGAAAAUCAGUAGUGAUGUGUCAAGAAGCAGCGAGUAAUAGAAAAGAAAAACAAAAACACCUGAGUCUGAGUAACUAAUAUCUGAAUACCCAUGUGUAUGUAUGUGCGUGUAUACACAGGCUCUAAGGUUGAAUGUUUUGUUUUUUGAACCAUACAAAAGAAAUGUUUGUCAGAUAUUUCUGUUCCUAGGGAUUUAUGUCUUAAAACUGUAAGUUGAAUAGAAAGUUUACAAAACUCUUUUAUGGGAUAAGGUAGUCUUUGGUUUUGAACUUGUGAAAGGACUGCACAUAUUCAUCCAGAGCUUGAAUUACUGCCCAGGGUCACUGUCCCAAAGUAAUUCGAAGAACAAUUUAGCAUCAACAUUUAAAAUGUAUCCUUCAUCUCCUGGGAUCCAUAAAAAUUGUGAACAGGGAAACCGUGGCUAAACAGAGCCUGAGUUAAUAACUUGGCAAAGAAAUGAGUUUUAUCUAUCAAUUUAAGCCCAGAGAUAGCAUCCCCUGUCAUACUCAUGAAAUACUUUCUUCAUACAGAUGUUUAAAUGAGCUAACAUAAUGAUGAUAGUUAAAAUUAAGUCCCUUCCCUUCAAAAAAAGAGAGUGGCUUUGUUGUCGGUUCUUCAGUGGCUCAAGGCAGUUAUCUGUCUCAAUACAGCCUUGGGAAAAUUUAUUUAGCCUCAUCCUAGCCAUUUUUCCAUCCCGAAGGACAAGGAGGACCAUUAGAAAGGUUGCUGAGGUGAGAGCCAAGACCCCACAUAAUGACAUCACUAAGUAUUCUUGAAAGGAAUAGACCAGAACACCCAAUGUGUUGUUCCCUUUGUUUACUUUUUUUCUCUGCCUCCCAUACUUGUCCAAUGGUACAAUUUUCCAUUCCCCUUCAAUUUACAUGUGCUUUAUUUAAUGUGCAGUAUCUAACCAGUGCUCUGUUUAAAGCUCUUCAUUUAUUGAGUAUGAGCGAUUUCUGAAUCUGGGAUGAAAUCCUGAGUGAGAAGAAUGGGUAUUGAGCCAACAUAAACUUUAAUAGUCAGAAGGUACAAACAAAAGGGAGCAGGAAAAAAGGGCACAUUCCCCCUCACUCCACCCCACCAGAAUCCAUAGCUGUUAACCUCUGAGGCAUACCUCUGCCCUCUCGACUGAGGGAGACAAAAGAGGGAUUCUUUCUGCGCCCAGGCUGGCUCGUUUUCCAAUGACAAUCUCUUGUUCCAGUUGCUUUUUGAGAUAUCUGCUAUGCUCUUUCUCCCAGGCAUUAGACCAAGAAAAACAUGCUCACAAGAUUAGCCCAUAGGCAUUUCUUCUGACCUGGCUAAAAAAGAAAAGAGACCUGUUUGUUUUAAAAAGUCAGGAACAAAGUGUCAGGUGGCUUUGAUUUAUGACAGAGGGGAAGAAGAAAUUUGAAGUAAUAGCACUAUCCAAAUAACCCUGCCCAGGAAACAGGGGUCAAGAGAGCUUAUCAAGAGCCUUUUAUAGGUAAGCUCUUCUGUGUGAAAUAGAAAAGGCCGGAAAGAGGGCGAGAGCCCAAGGAGCAGGCCGUGAACCCACUUGUGUUGGGAUUGGAGCUAGUCCUGUCCCUCGCGAUAGCUUGGCGUGCCGUCACAGGUGAGCCGACACACACCAACAACAAACGGAAAAAGAAAACCUGCCCUUGUCUGGAGUGUCUAUCUUUCCAACAAGAUCCCAGCACCAGUAAAUACUUCUUUAGUUUUUCGUUAAUAAAAUCAGUGUAAGUACUGAAACUACUCCCGCUUGGCCUCCCGAGCUGUCCGUGAGGCCCCGUUUGGGAGACGUGCCAUGCUGCUGCCCUCUAAACCUCCUGGGCCAGCUGCAGGGGUUGGGGGGUCACCAGUCCUGCAGGUCACCAAGUUGCCAUUUGAAUGCAACAUCUUUGUGUUGUCUUUCUCAUGUGAGCAGAGUCAUGUCCUCUCUCCUGUCUGCUGUCAUAUCUGCGCGGGUUGCUUAAAUAUUGUUUGUGAUGGGGAGGUUUUAAUCUGGUUAUGCAGAGGGAAGCAGGGCUGUGGGGCACGUUUAAUUGGCUCCCAGCAGAGCAGUGAGCGCUUCAGUGGCGUAUGGGUUUUUUGUUCCCUCCCUCUAUAGAAGUGUUACCAUUUUCACGUCCUAUUAACGUCCUAUGAUCGUUAAAGUACAGCAGCACAUUAUAGUGGGAGCCGGGUUCCCUCCUGGAGUGAAUACAAAUGAAGGGCAUCUACUUGUAUUUUUUGAGGUUUUUGGAGAAUUUAGUAAUUGUGGCUUUGAUCAAUCCUGUUGACUGGUGUAUGUCUGUGCAAACCUAUUUCAAGUAAAUCUUUUGUUAAA